GACUAGCACUUUUGAGAAUCCUUGGAAACUUUUAUUUGAUGACUUUUGUUGGAUAUUUAUUCACUCGUAUGAUGUUAUAGUAGAGUUCGUUCUCCGUAACAGCAUUUUUGCGGUUUGCUUUUCCAACGAAAGGGAUGACGUACCAAAAAGCGAAGUGAAUUUAGCUUAUCCGAGAAACUGGAUCUGUAUAUUAUAUCAACUUAUUUUAUUUAUUCUUACGCUUCCGAUAGCUUUAGUCUAUCCUCUUUUUGCAUCUAAUGAUUCAAGCGCCUGGAAAGUUCGUCCACCGUCAUUAAGAGACGAUGAUCACGAUAAUGAAAAAUGGUUUUUCAUAAACGGCAUUGUGGUGGAUUACAGAUGGUUAGAUGAAAACUGCAAGUAUUUGGAAAAACGGUUUAACAGGGGAGUUACGGGCAUUCAUAAUACUACUUAUGGUGUUUUCUGGGACUUAGUGGAGACAAUCUUUGUAAGAAGUUUUGAUAUUGAUGUCUCGGCAAUACGCCUUGCUGCAGAAAAUAUUCUCCCUGAACUUAAGAAUAAAAAAAUUGAAACUGUUCGUCUGAUCGCACAUUCGGAAGGAGGAGCCAUGGCAAAUUUAAUCAUGAGGAAAUUAUAUAUGGAAUUGAGUUUAACUGAUGAGGCACAUUUACUUAAGAAACUUGAGGUAUACACAUUCGCUAAUGCAUCCAGGGAAUUCAUAAACCCCAACGGCCUUGUUAGACGUAUUGAACACUAUGCAAAUAAGCGAGAUCCAGUUGCUAUGAUAGGUGUUCUUAGUAAUAUGAAUAACGUUCGUUUUCAAGGAGAUAUCUUUGUUAAUGAAAGUAGGAAUGAUGGUAAAGGCCAUUUGCUCAACACAUUCUAUAGCCUUAAUGCUAGUGAUUAUAAUUCUCAGAAAUCCGUUAAAUCCCUUCCUACGUUAUUAAAUCUCCCCGGGUUUGUAGCAAAUUUACCUAUUAAUGCGUGA